AUGGCUCUUACCGGCGACCGGAGACGCGACGGCGACGGCAGCCCCUUGGUGGCCGGAACCCGGUUCUUCAAAAUCAUCCUUCAGAGCACACUUAGUGACAGAAAGCUCUUGAUUCCUGGUGAAUUCGUCCGAAAUCAAGGCGAGUACUUGCUGGAAUCCGCUAUUUUGAAGGUCCCAAGUGGCGCAACGUGGGCGGUGGAUGUGGUUAGGGACGAAAUCGGAGUCUGGUUCAGCAAUGGAUGGCAGGAAUUCGCGGAGUUCCACUCUUUGGAAUUUGGGCAUUUUCUGGUUUUUGAGUAUGAGGGUUGCUCCAGGUUCUCUGUGGUUAUAUGUGAUAAGACCGCAGCUGAGAUUGCCUACCCAAUUCCUACAACUUCUGAACCAAAUGUGGAAGAAAUUGAGGAUUCCUUUGAUACACGCAUAAGAAAGAAGUCUAAACCCUUAAGUGAGGUUUCUCCGCGUCAAGCUAAGAACAAGAAGAAGAGGAUGAGGGGCAGUAUUUCUGCUGAGAAUGCUGCAAAAAUAGGAUCUUGGACACGGAUCGUAUCCCAGGCUGAUGGCUCUGAUGAUGAACAAGAUGGUGAGUCCAAGAGGAUGAUCUCUGAAGAGCCCUCCUGCACGACAAAAUGUAAAGCUAUCACCGGAUUCACCUCACCACAUCCGUUCUUUGAAGUCCAAAUCACUACAAGUAUGCUGAAAAAGAGGCAUCUGCAUGUGCCACAGAGCUUUUCAUCUAGGCACAUUGCACGGGAUGAGAAGGUGGUGGAGCUCCAGAUUAGGGAUGAAACUUGGCCCGUUACGGUAUCUUGGAAGCAGAACAAGUAUGUUAGAUUUGCCGGUGGCUGGUUUAGGUUUGUGAAGGAGAAUUUGGUGAAGCCGGGGGACUUUUGUGUCUUUGAGUGCAUUCGCAGGUGGCCUAAUGUGAUCCUGAAAGUCACAAUUGUGAGGGAAUGUGUUUAA